GUUUUAGCAACAAGUGGCGCUGGUGUGCUAUGCGAUUUGCCUAGGAGUAGAAGAGAAGUCCGAUUAUUUUGAUUCUCAUGUGACAUCAUUUUGUUUGAUUUGAUAUUCUACAUCUUUAGCACCAGCUGUCAAAAUAUUUUGCGGAGGCUAGAAGCCUACAGUUUUGUGUAUAAUCGGAUGUAAAUCGUGGUGUCUAAACAUUAUAAUCAGUAACAACAUAUACAAACGUGCCUAUUGUUUACCUUGGUAUCUUGUACAAAUGAUAAGUACAACAUAAUGGGGUGUUUAUCGUGGAUCCGAGGGUUAAAAAUGCCGUUUCCUUUUAAAGAUAAGGAACUAAAUAAAAUUGCAGCUCUUUUCAAUGUUUCAACAUUUCUCCUGACAUGCGCUGCUCUAGUUCAGCCCAGUUGGUUCAGGAUCAAAGGAUUGCACUGUACACAGAGCCUGUCUUUAGCACAAUUCUUUUCAUUUGAUAAUGAUGAUGAUGAUGAGGAACAGCUUACCAUUCGACAGAGUGAAUUUGAGCCUCUACAAAGUGUACAUGAUUAUAAUGGUCUACCUCCUUGCACAACACCAGAGACAAUAACUUUAAUGAGGAUUCUAAUAUUACUAUGCUUUAUGGUACUUCUUUGUUCUUGUAUUGGUACCCUGAUCAACCUUACAAGUCUUAACAGCCGAGCUAUAAAAAUGUUAAGAAGGAAUGCUAUUCCAAGCAUAAUGUGUGUAUUUUGGGUCAUUGCUAUUGUUGGUGUGUGUUACUAUACAACUGUUGUACUGGGGAACGCAAACAAUAGUGACCCAAAUACUAUCCAAGUGGAUUAUGAAUACGGAUUUUAUACUAUAACCGGAGCAGGUGCAUUAGCCUUGUUAGCAUCUGCUGCAAAUCUUUGGGGAGCUCCACUGUCAAGCGACGAGGAUGUUCAGAGACGUAAUUUAAUGGAAGACUGGGAUGGAUAUGAGGCUCACAGCGUGGGCCCUACACCUGCCGUGCCUACAUUACCACCGUACACACCGAGCGCAGACUACGUGCCUACCAUCCACCCUGCCUACGCGCCACCAGUGCUCGGGUCACAACAAUACUUCCCCUUCGAUGACCUCUCAGUACUUCCACCUCCACCCCCAUACACCCCUUGAGUCUCUAAAACUUAAUUCAGUUUCUUCUCAAAUCUCCCAAAUAUUGAUGUAUUUUUAGUUGUAAUCUACAGUAUUUAUUAUUUUAAUUAUUACAGCUUAAUAAGUUCAUUGCUGAAGGCUAGUUAGGUAAGGCUUGUGAGUCGGACGUUUGACACAUUUUUGAUAAGUAAAUGAGAAAGGAAGUAAUCUCAAGUUUUCUGUUAAAACACAGUAAACGUCUUGGUUAUACCCAAAUAAUGAAUGCAUCCUAUAUGUUUUUAUGUUAGAUGUGAUGAAUGUUUUUAGGGCUGAGUUAAAUUAAUGCAUAUUAAUAAGUAACUUUAAUUUAAAAUAAUGAACUCAAAAACGCCUAAAAUAUUAAUGGAAUUAUUGGUUUAUGUAUGUAUAUAUUGUGGUUGUGAGUUAAUUAAUGACUACUGUUCACUUCUAACAUGUGAUUUGCCAUUUUAGUGCCUAUUCAUGUCGUGUUUCUCGAAAUGCUUUAAGAUAAAGUAAUUGAAGUUCUGUUUAUUAUUUAUGCCUAAAUAAGUGGUUAUUUUGUAGAUUUAAGGAUCAAGUAGCACUAUUGGUUACUGAUAAAUAAAUAGGUCUCUGUUGUGAGCUAUAGUAGAAGACCAAGAUUAUUCUGUGUAUAUCAUUUCUCACAUAAAUAUACAGAUUAUGAAAUGCCAAAUGAAAUAAAUAUACCUACAUAUUGUUAAUCCCCAAUGUAUACCUACCUAUAUAUAAUAAGAUAUAAUAAUCUUAUCAUUACUUUAAGAUUAUCUUUACUACACUAUUGUCACAUAUUUUUAGUUUUUAUCAUUUUGAUGAAUUUAACACUAAAACACUACUUUUUAACUUGUCACUAAUUUGAUCUUUAUUGCUCUCUUAAGGCUUGUGCUUUGUAGAAAAAAUGUUUCUCAGUAAUUUUGUUGUUACAUGUGUACAUGUCUAACUAAUCUACUUAACUUUUAAAAACAUAAAAUGAAAGCAAUCCAUCACUUAAUGCCUUUAAUGUUAUAGAAAUGGUUUGAAGCCAUUGUACUUUAGUAAAGGAAUAGUGUUAAAUUAGUUGAUAUAAUAAAAAUAAUCUGUUGCGAGAAUUAAUCUACUAACUAGAGCCACAACAGUUGUGUUAGGUUAGGGCAAUGUGUCCAAUAUAAUUAUUGUAACCAACACUUUAACACAUGAGAGAUCUGUUUCAUUAAAGAAACAAUAAAAUGAGCUUUUUAGAAUCUAGAAGUAACAAUUUGUGGUUUUGGAAAAUAAUGAAAAUGAACUAGAGAAAUGUACCUAAAUUAAAAUCUAUGUAGGAAUAAUAGAUAAGUACUGGUAGCACAUCCUGUAUAAUAUUCAUGUUACCAAAAAUAUAGGCAUGUUAUUAGUUUUAUUGUUUGUUAAUGUAUAGAUUCCUUAUAGAUGUAAGAAUAGUUAUUCCCGGUAUAACAACUGGGAAGUUUAUUUUUACAUUAAAACAAGAGUAAAAUUUUAUUUUUGUGUAAGACCAAUAUGCAAUACAUAUCUACAAAACAAAAAAACGUUUUUUCAUUAGCAGCACUUUAUGUUCUGUAAUUACAUUCCUUUUAAGACACAAUGUACACAUUAUACAUUUUACAUACCAUAAGUUCGGGUUACUUUGACCCUGCAAAAAACUGAUCCAAACUUUCUAAGCUAAUGGAAACCUUACAUGUUUAGGCUUAGGGUCUUGGAUCAAAGUGACCUUGCAGGGUCAAGUAAUAAGAGUGAGUACUAUAUCUAUGCAGAAAAAUAAACAAAUUACAAAGUAAUACAACCUAAACAUUAGCAAAUAAAAUCAAAAAAAUACCAUAACAUGAAAGACUUUCUUCUAUUAUGGCAAAAAAUACAUACAGGUACUUGACAUUAACUAAACCUACUAAAUAAAGAUAUUUUAUAAUUUCUUUAUAAUACCAAAUUGAACUCUAUCCAUAUUGAUAUCCAUAUAUCAUGAUGAUUUUGACACUUAUGUCAUGGUGGAAAGCAACAUUUAUCAUUGUAAAUACUUAUAUGAGUAAACAAAAAGUAAUAUUUUAUUGAAUGAGCAAAACAUAAACAUCUACUAGAACAAAGCAUUUUAUAAAAUACCACUAGCUUCUUAACUAUGCUGUAUUAUAUUUACAGAAAAAAAGUAUAUUUUAACUAUAAGUCCUUUAGUGCACUUAGAUCAAAAUGAGGUUGAAGAACUGGUCUAUGUGGUGGUUCCUUUGAAAUCGGCAUCUUUUGGAUAAAAUCAUUGCUCAAACCUUCAUUUUCACUGAUGUUUGAAAAGUUUCGUUGUAACAAAUCACUUUGAGAUGGAAGAUUUAAAUACUUGACUCUCUCCUUUUCUAAGUAACUUACUCUUUCUUUUAAUGUCAUGUUUUCAUCUUUAAGUACUUCAGCUUGUAAAACUAAUUGCUCCACAAGGGAAUGCAAAUUCUGAUUCAAUAUUUGUAGCUCUUCUAUAACAGUUUCCUUUCCUUUUUCUAUCUUCUUUCCAUCCACUACAUCCACUUUAGUAAUUGCGUCUUUCACCUGUCCUUGUUCAGAAUUUUCAUUUUUUAAUUUAAAUAGCAAAGAAUCUGCUUCAUUUAUUGUUCUAUAUAUAGCAACUUGGACUUUUGAACUAUCAUUACUUAAUAUAUUGUAGGUGGGAUCUUUGCUCAAACCUUUAAUAUGAUCCAUGGCUUUUUUCACUCUUUCGUAUUGUUCUUUCUUGCUUUUGAUGAGAUCUUUUUGUUUAAGGUGGUAACUGUGUUGUAAUGUAAUAGAUUCUAGUGCGACUGAUGACGUCGUGGACUUCAUAGCGUCCAACAAUAAUUCUGCAGCAUU